CCCCCCCCAAAGAACUGUAAUUAUAUUAGAGAAGCUGCAGGGGCUUUAAACAGUUCUUUCCAGUUCCUUUGCUUUUUGCUGCCUUUCCCUGCUCUGCUGUCCCGUUUGGAUCUUGGAAUUUUUAUUUUUAUUUAUAGGGUGUGUGGUUCUCGUGCUAAAGAUCCACAAUGAGGCAUGGCUAAUUUUGUUAGAAGCUGAUACUUUAGUCUGAUCUUCAGGCAUUGCCUUGGGAAAGGCUUAGAUUGUUCUGGGGGGCCAGGACUCUACAGAGAAGACAAAUUCAGAGAGGCAGCAAAAGAACAAACAGAACAGGAAAAGAGGAGGACCUCCCACCUUUUAUUUCUGCAUCUCCUGACUGAGUCAGUGACCCAGAAGUAUUAUCUAAGCUGCGGUAUAACUUGACCUCUUUAGAAUAUCUUUUACCAUCACUGCUAUGGCUGAGAUUACAACAGAAGGACAUAUGUCAACCACCACCACAGUGAUGGACAACAACAAUGGAUCAGUUCUCACGCCGCCAGUGAAAGUGGGAAAGAAGUCAGUUACAGAGGACAUAAUGACAACAUUCAGCUCGCCAGCAGCAUGGCUUCUUGUUGUUGCUCUGAUUGUUACCUGGUCAGCAGUAGCUAUUAUAAUGUUUGACCUGGUGGAUUACAAAACCUUUGCAGGAAGCUCUGUUAACAAGCUCAGCAAGGAGCCACUGAGAAUCAUACAUCAGACCAUGGAAGAAUCCACUGAUUGGCUUUAUGGUUUGAUUUCUUUACUGUCUGACAUCGUAUUGACUGAUGAUGAUGACAGUGAUGAAGGUGAAGUGGAACCUCCGCUGAAAAAAAAAGCUGAAAUUUACCCUGUGACCAAAAAAAGAGAAAUUCAUAAAGACAAGCCUGCCAGACAAGAAAAACUCGAAAAACCAGCACCAAAAGUAAUUCACAAAGAGAAACCUGAAAAACAAGAGAAGAUUGAACGGAAAGAACAACCAAAAGCGAUGUACAAAGACAAAUCUGAAAGACCAGAAAAACCUGAAAAGAAAGAAAAACUCAUAGUUGCUCACAAAACCAAACCUGAAAAACAGGAGAAAUCUGAAAAAGCACCUCCAAAAGUCAUUCAAAAAGACAAACCUGAAAGAGAGGAAAAAGUUGAAAAGAAAGCUCCUCCUAAAGAAGAGAAGAAAGCAAAAAGCACCAAAGUUGAAGAAAAAGUUAAAAAGGAAGUUAAAGAGGGAAAAGCUGAAUCAAAGAUAGCCAAAAAAGGCAAGCAGACAGAAACAAAAGAAGAGGACAUUGGGUUAAUAAAGGCCAAACCGAAAGUGAAGGAGGAGAAAGCAGUGAAGGCUGAAACAAAAUCAGAAAAGAAAGGUAAACAAAACCAGGAGGAAACAGCUGAAGAUCCUAAAAGAGUAGUGGGAAAGAAAUAGAGACAGUGAAGUUAA